UCUCUCAUCCAGCCUUCAUGUGUUUAUUUCCGUGACUCGUGAGAUGUGCACCGGGACUCAUGGAUCAGUACGGCUCGAAUUCCUCAUGCAAGUAAUUUUAAAGCUGUAUUUCGGAUUGUAAUGUUUCCAAAAGUUUUCUGCACCGGACUGAACUACAUGGAAUAAUGUGGCGGAUUGUUUUGUUGUGUUGCGCUCUGGACGGUUCCGUUGCGUUCAGCGCUUUCCGUCCACCUGCAAACGCGUCUCUGCUCGCACCUGCCCGCGGCGUCGUGCGCACUGUGGAUCGGAUUUAUCACGGGGGAGGAAAAGCCGGUUACCUUCUGUACAUGGAUGAGCAGCGCUUUCAGCUGGAUAUGGAGCGGGACGACUCUAUACUGUCUCAUCACUUUGGUUUGAACGUGGACGCGCUGCCUCCGCGUCGGGAAUGCGUUUACCGCGGCAGCGUCAAUUCAAACGCAGAGUCACUUGCGGUUUUCAAUCUGUGCGGCGGCGGACUUAAUGGGUUUUUCGCGGUCGAUCACGCGCGAUACACCAUCACGCCGCUCAUUCGGGCGAAAGGGCAUGAGAAUGACGUGCACAUCGUCGAGGACGCCGACGCGACGCGCGCUCUCCACUAUUACACCCGCGAGAGCUUCAGUUUCGAAGCGAUGACCGCGCGGCACAGCUGUGGCACGCGCAACCGCAAAACGCGCAGGCAUAAAAAGCGUAACGAGGAUGCGCGCGGACGCAGAUUGUGGACGAAGUUUGUGAAGCCCAACGCGCUGACGCGACGCAAGCGCUCCGUGUCUCGCGCGCGGCACGUGGAGCUGCUGCUGGUCGCGGAUGCUUCCAUGACGAAGAAGUAUGGGAAGGACCUGCAGCAUUACCUGUUGAAGCUGGCGUCCAUCGCGUCCAAACUCUACGGGCACGCCAGCAUAGAGAAUCCCAUCCGUUUGUCUGUGGUUAAAGUCGCGAUUCUGUCCGAGAACGAAAAGGGGAUCGAAGUGUCCAAAAACGCCGCCGCGACGCUCAAGAGCUUCUGUAAGUGGCAGAACCAGCAGAACCCGCUGGAUGACGAUCAUCAGCAUCACCAUGACGCGGCGAUCCUCUUCACCAGGCAGGAUCUGUGCGGUCAUCACUCGUGUGACACUCUCGGCAUGGCUGACGUAGGAACCGUGUGUUCACCGGAGAGGAGCUGCGCCAUCAUUGAGGAUGACGGGCUGCACGCCGCCUUCACCGUGGCACAUGAGAUUGGGCAUCUACUGGGUCUGUCACAUGAUGACUCCAAGUUCUGCGUGGAGCGAUUCGGCUCCACUGAAGACAAGCGGCUAAUGUCGUCCAUCCUGACCUCCAUCGACGCAUCCAAACCCUGGAGCCGCUGCACGUCUGCCACCAUCACAGACUUCUUCGAUGAUGGCAAUGCUGAGUGUCUGUUGGACACUCCUCGUCUGCCUCUCUUGGGUCCGGAGGAGUUGCCAGGUCAGAGUUAUGACGCGGUUCAGCAGUGCCAUUUGGCCUUUGGGCCGGAGUACACUGUUUGUCCCGGGAUGGACGUGUGCGCUCGUCUGUGGUGUGCCAUCAUCAGGAAGGGACAGAUGGUGUGUCUGACCAAGAAACUGCCAGCUGUGGAAGGAACGCCAUGUGGGAAGGGACGGAUCUGUCUUCAGGGGAAAUGUGUGGACAAAACCCGAAAGAGACACUACUCGACAUCGAAUCAUGGCAGCUGGAGCUCCUGGGCUCCAUGGGGUUCCUGUUCUCGUACAUGUGGCGGUGGCGUCCAGUUUGCGCAUCGUCUCUGUAAUAACCCUCCACCCCGAAACAACGGCCGCUACUGCACUGGGAAGAGAGCCGUCUACAGGUCCUGCAAUGUCACAUCGUGCCUUUCAGCCGGUAAGAGUUUCCGUCAGGAACAGUGUGAGGUGCGUAACGGCCCUCAGACGGACCCUAAAGGAGUGAAGACCUUUGUGGAAUGGGUGCCAAAGUUUGCCGGUGUGCUUCCCAAAGACAUGUGCAAACUCACCUGCAGGGCCAAAGGGACGGGAUACUAUGUAGUGUUCUCACAACGGGUGGUUGAUGGGACGGAAUGCCGUCCAUACAGCAGUUCAGUGUGUGUGAAGGGGAAGUGUGUUCGCACCGGCUGUGAUGGGAUCAUUGGCUCUAAACUCCAGUAUGACAAGUGUGGCAUCUGCAGUGGCGAUGGCAACAGCUGUAUCAAAGUGGCUGGAAACUUCACCAAGAAAAGUAAGGGCUACACAGAUGUGGUGAAGGUUCCUGAGGGUUCAACGCACCUGAAGGUUCGACAGUACAAAGCCAAAGGCCAGUCACGCUACACAGCGUAUCUGGCACUGCGGCGGCCCGGAGGUGAAUACCUGCUGAACGGGAAGUUCAUGAUCUCCACGUCCGAGACCAUCAUCCCCCUCAACGGCUCUGUUCUCAACUAUACCGGCUGGAGUCAGCGGGACGAGGCCCUUCAUAGCAUGGGCCCCGGGGCCCUUCAGGAGAGCCUGGUGGUGCAGAUUCUGGCCACGGAUGCUAAGAAACCACUAGACAUCCGCUACAGCUUCUUCAUGCCACGCAAAAUGCCGCUUCCACCAAGAACGGUCGUUGCAACUUCAGGAACCGCCGCAGCGCUAUCAUCAGCAGAGGUCGUGACAUUUACUAUCGAGGUUCCUGCGACGAUGGAGCCUCCGACAAUGACACCACCAGCGGGGCCACGCUGGGUAAUGGGAUCGUGGAUGAUGUGCUCCAGAACUUGCGAUACAGGUUGGCAGAGUCGCACAGUUCAGUGCAAGAACCCUCAAGGGAAGCUGUCCAAGAGCUGCCUGAUCAGCUCACGGCCGUCAGCCUUCAAACACUGCCUGAUUAAAAAGUGUUGAGGACCCCUCAAUCAGACAGACUUCCUGACUGAGCUUUAUGGAGCACUUAGACUGAACCAUUGCAGUUGCGUUUGUAUAAAUGCUGUUCCAAUCACUGUGGAAUUCUGCUAGUGUUUGCAAUCAUGUUGCAUUGUGACUCAGACAAGGAGCUUUGACUCCAGCCUCGAUCGUGGUGAUGUUUAGCCACACCCCCAAUACAAACGACACGCCCCCUGAGUUCACACUGCUAGUGAUUUAAACCAUUGCUGUAGUGUUUGAGGCUCUAGCCUCGAAUGUGGCAAUGUUCAACCAUGCUCCUUUGACAAAGCCACACCCCUGAUCCAAACGAUACGCCUGUUGAAUUCACAAUGGCAGUGAUUUAACCAUUGCUG